UCACCUUUUCUUUGUUUUUCUUUCACUUUCUCUCAUUGCACCUCCAAUCAUCACCACUUUUUCUCACCGAUUCCCAGAAAACCCAUCUUCGAGAAAAACGAUUUCACCGAAAGAGAAAGUGGUAUUCUUUACCACUAUAAACAGUUACAGAACUCAAUUCAAGAAAGAGUCCAAAGAUUUUCCUGAGAAAUUUUCACACACCCCCUCUUCUUCUUCUUUACUUUCUAUUUGUUUUUUCACCCAUUGAAUUUUCCCCGUAGGAAAAAGUAGUUUUUCUAACUACGUGAAACACUUUCUUGGUAAUCAGAGAAAAGGGUAUUUCAGCCUUUAUAGAAUUUCACCGAAUUGUCACUCGCCGGAGGAGAAAAUGUGGAAAAAUAACAAGGAGAAUUUUCAGUCAAUGGGUUUCUCUACCCCACCACCACCGUCGUCGAAGCUGAGGUCGUGUCGAUCUCCGGUGAGGGUAAUGUCGGAGAGGAAGAGAACGUCGCCUUCGAACAACUGUGGGGUUUUCCAUAUUAUACAUAAAGUGCCCGCCGGAGAUUCUCCAUAUGUCAGGGCCAAACAAGUUCAGUUGAUCGAAAAGGAUCCAAGUAGAGCCGUAUCCCUCUUCUGGUCUGCUAUAAAUGCUGGUGAUAGAGUAGACAGUGCCUUGAAGGACAUGGCAGUUGUGAUGAAGCAAUUGAAUCGAUCUGAUGAGGCAAUUGAGGCCAUCAAAUCCUUUCGUCAUCUAUGCCCCUAUGACUCUCAGGAAUCCAUUGACAAUGUGCUCGUUGAACUGUACAAGAGGGCAGGGAGGAUUGAAGAAGAGAUUGAGAUGCUUCAGUCCAAACUGAAACGAAUUGACGAAACCAUAGCUUUUGGUGGAAGGAAGAUAAAAAUAGCAAGAUCUCAGGGGAAGAAGGUUCAUAUAACUAUUGAACAAGAGAAAUCAAGGAUACUAGGUAACUUGGCCUGGGCUUAUCUGCAGCAGAAUAAUUAUAGAAGUGCUGAAGAACAUUACAGGAAAGCUUUGUUGCUGGAGCCAGAUCCGAAUAAACAAUGCAACUUGGCUAUCUGCUUAAUGUAUAUGAACAGACUGACAGAAGCAAAAUCACUGCUUCAAGCUGUUAGAGCUUCGUCAGGUAAUACACCGAUGGAUGAAUCAUAUGCCAAGUCCUUCGAACGUGCCCAUCAGAUGCUGACAGAAUUAGAUCAACAAUCAUUGCAAAAACCAAUUAGAAAUUAUGAAGAUAGCUGUAAAGAAACAUCUACGUCUUUAACAUUUCCCAUCAACAGAAACUUGAAAGGUGAUAAUAGCUUCAUAAAUGGAGGGCAGCAUCAUGUUUCUGGAAUCACAGCUCCUAGAAGGUGGGAAAAUGGACAUGGAGAAGAGACUUUGCUGUUAGCUGAACAACAGCAUAGAGAAUAUUAUUGUGCUAACCACCUUGAGAACAAGGAAUGCGGUUAUGGGCAUGAGAAUAAAAACCUGAGAUGCCAAUCAUCAAAUUUGAGAAGUACUUCGAAGCAUUCUCAAGAAAGUAUGUCUGUUUGUAAACGGAAGCAAGAUUAUUCUGAAAACUCAGAUGAAAGUAGUUCUGUGUUUCCUGGUGUCAAACAAAAUUGGGUUGAUACCGUUGGAACAGAAUCAAGCCCUCUAUACAGAAAAACAUAUUGUUCUCCAGCUCCUUCAAGUCGAACUUUGGAAUCUCCGUUUACACAACCAAGAAGAUGUUCAUGGGGUUUUACUGAUGGAGAUAAGAGAGCAGGAACAUGGGAAAAUGGUGUUGCUGGCAAGUGGAAUGAAACUUUCUCAUGCAGGCAACCAAGAAGAUGUUCAUGGGGAUUUACUGAUGGAGAUAAGAAAGCAGGAACAUGGGAAAAUGAUGUCGUUGGCAACUCGAAUGAAAAUUUCUCAUACAGGCAACCCAUGAAAACUGAAAAUCUACUGGAACAUGCAGCUAGAAAUUCGAAUGAAGCUCAAAUGUCUGAAGUGGCAUUGAGAAAUUUGGGAUCUAGUUUGCCUGCACCAUUUAGUGGAGAUAGGAGGAGCAGGCCGUGGGGUGAUUCUGCUCAUGUGAAAGGUUAUGCAGCUGCACAAUCUGUUUCAAAGCCCAUAGUUUCAUGGCGCAAUAGUGGAUACCUGCAAAUAAACGGUGCAGGAGCUUCAGAAAAUGUAUUGAAUGGGACUUGGAGAAUGAAUGGUACUUGGGAAAAUAGUAAUCUGAAGAGUUCGGCAAGCAAAGACAGUAAUUUAAGUAGAAAAUUGGCUGAAGAACGGCCAUUGCUUGUUGAUAAUGCUACAGCAUCGGUAACUUCCACUCAAGGGGAACAGAAUUGGAGGUUUGAUACGACUGUUUCAGGCAGCAAAACUAGUACGGAAGGUUGCUCAGGGGAGAAAAGCCCAUGUGAGACAGAUAUUCUCGAUCACCAUGACACAGAAAAUUCACAUCCAAAUGAGGAUUCCUCUUUGUGUUAUAAGAAGAAGAGUUGGGCAGAUAUGGUUGAAGAAGAAGAGCAACUACUGUUAAGUGGAGGAGCAGCAGAGUAUCUUGAUGGCUGGAGUAGUGAGGAAGAGUUUAAUGAUGAGAACCUGAAUUCCAAUAUAAUUCAAGGAAGUCCUCGUCUACUGACUCAGAUGAAAAGUUUGAGCCAAAAGCUUGAAUUCUUCGAUCUAAAAGAUGGAUAUAGUACACCUGAGAAUACUAUUUCAUCAAGGAAACCAACUGUUCGACGUUCUCUGUGCUUCGAUCAGAACCAGAAGCCAGUAGAUAACUUCUCUUCAUCACCACUUCCCAAGAAGGCUCUCAACUUUGAGGACUCAAACUCUUUACAGGUAAAUGGAAAGGGUGCUGUGUCUGGAAAGAACUUGAAGAAGUUGAGGAGGAGAAACAGGUUGCAGGUCUUUCAAGACAUAACACUUCAUCAAGCAAGUCCAUGAACUGAAUAGAGAACUGCUGUGCUUAUCAAUUGGGAAUUGGUGUCUCUCGAAGUCGCAUUGUUAAUUGAAUGUUUCUUUAUAGUUCAGUCUCUUGUUUCCAUUUCUAUCUGUGUUAAUUACUUCAACUAUUGUACAUCUUCCAUUCAUACAUCUGUAUACUGUAAAAAAUUAUUUGAUUGAUGUAAACUACUAUUAUGGGAUGUGAAGCAAGAAUACUACCUACAGGAACAUAAAGAAAUCAACAGGGGAAUAACAGCGAAGUUCUUUUUUUUU